AUGUUACGAAUGGCUCACAUGAAUGGCACUGAUCAGGACAAUUACACCUACAGAAUAGCCUGGACUCAAAUAGUAUUCAUAAACUCAUUCAGUUACAUGAAGGCUACAAUUAAGCCGGGGUCUAGUGGUUUGCUAAACGGCAACGGUAUAGGGAUCGUGACCUAUGACCCCCAAUACAUAGUGACCUGCGCUCACGUUAUACAAUCAGAUGUGUCAACCCCUGUAAUCAUUACACUGUUUACGCCCAAUACUGAUCAAGUGAUCAGGGUGUCUGCGAGUAAGGCAUUUACCCUCCAGGGAUAUGUAGCUUAUAUGGACCCGGCUAUAGACUGCGCCCUAAUACGACUGUCCACUGAAUUUCCGCACAACAAGAUGACUACAUCCAAGUUCCCUGAGUCCGGUGUAAAAGUAGGCCAACCCGUAAUGUGUGUGGGGAGUCAUAGAAUAUCCUAUUGUAUAGCCGAUGGUGUCGUACAAUCGCUGGACAGGCCGUUCGGCACCUGUAGCCGAGGCAAUCAUUCCAUACAAACCUCUGUUCACAGUCUGGACAGUCUGUAUACUAUGCACACCUGUGCCACAUAUGUGGGCUUUUCCGGGGGUGCGGUGUUUGACACGGACGGACAGGUAGUUGCUAUGAAUUCUGGUGGAGAUCAGGCGCUUCGUGAGAAAUACGCCGUUCCUUACCAUACGUUAAAAGAUUUCAUUGACAGAGGAAUUGAAUCACAAAAAUCGGACGAAAUAGCGUUGAAAGCGAGAUAUGAAUUGACAGCUCAGGUAUCUUUGGGCUUAUUACUCGUAACAUUGGAUAAGAAAAUAAAGGAACUCCUAUUUAGUGGUAGUAUAGGGAAGGCCCAGUUCGCCAAUGUAUUAGAUGGUGGUGUCGUUGUCUGGGAUCAGGUGUGUGGGAAUCGGGUGGGUGUCGGUGAUAUCGUACUCAAGAAAAACGAUGUGAUCACAGAAGUGAACGAUGAGCCAGUUCAUUCACUGGAAAUGUUCAGACAAAUGAUUCAACAGCCUGGUCAUUUAGAGUUAACUGUUUAUCGACUCACACCUGAUCUUAAAACUGAAGGCUUUUCCCUAUCCGUCAAACUUGAGGCCAAAGACUGUUACUUAAUAUGA